AUGCGAACCACAUAUCCUCAUGGAAAUCCAAGCUGUCCCAUGGGUGAGGAGCGUAUCACUAAUUUCCGAGGAAUGCCACAUCAUGAAUUAGUUUCUGUCCUAAGAGAUUGUCCUAUUGGAUUUUGGGCUAAACUGAUUGUACGGAGGAAUUCACCGAAGCACAGGUCACGCACUCCAUCAGCAGCAUUUCGCUAUGGUGAACAGAGGCCUAGUCCAGCUCCAACAUUGAUGCCACGAUCGAAAACCCCAGCACCACAUCCUCCGCGACCUACGAAAGCCUAUCCUCAUCCUUCUGUAUUACUGCCUGCAACUAGUCAGGGCCUAACCAUUUCAAACGGUGGAGUGGUUAGUGCUCAUGCGUCUGGCAAUACGAUCCCAAGGCAACAUGAGCGGCAUCCGAAUGAGGAUAUUUAUGAGAAUUUUUCGAAUUUGCGACCUUCAUCGACGAGUUUGGGAUUUGCGACGCCUAAUUACAUGCCAAUGGCCUCUCUUGCAACUUCAACUGUUGAGACGGUAACAGUUAAUCUGAUCAGGAAGCCAAAUGGAUUUGGUUUUCGAGUCGUCGGUGGAACUGAAGAAGGGACGAACAUUACAGUUGGUCAGGUGGUACCUGGAGGUGCUGCAGCAGACGAUGGUCGCUUACAUCAGGGCGAUGAAAUUAUUGAAAUUAGUGGCAAGAAUGUUGAAGGUGAAAGCCAUGCAAUGGCUGUACAGCUAAUGCAGAAAGCAGCUGCUAGUGGACACGUCAAAUUGGUUGUUCGUCGUCCUAAAACUGGAGAUUUGUCACGUUCAACCUCUGCUCCAGUUAAUCAGUUGAGUGCGACAUCUGCUACCUAUGAUGUUAUACUGAAUCGAAAUCAUGGUGAUAGUUUCGGUUUUGUUAUCAUAUCUUCUCUGAACAAUAACGGAAGUACUAUCGGACGAAUAGUGGAAGGAUCACCAGCAGCUCUUUGCGGACAGUUGCGCGUGGGCGAUCGAGUAGUGGCCGUUAAUGGCAUUGACAUUAUCCAGUUACCCCAUAACGACAUUGUUACGCUAAUUAAGAAGUCUGGUUUAUCAGUAAGGUUGACAAUAUCGCCUUCAAUAUCAGGCUGUCCCUUAGGUUCUUCAACAUCCUAUUAUUCAACUUCACAUAUUGGACCGAUCGCCACCUAUGGACAUUCAUCCUAUCCUUCCUUCCACACAAAUCAAUUUGACCCAUCGCACAGUCAUUCUUUUGAUGUUCCUCAAUACAGACAUCCAGCAGGAAAUGGUUACAUCACCAGAACAUCACCGAUACCUCCAGAAGCGGAACAAAUUUUUAUAAAUGUUGAAUUGAAUCGUGGGCCGAAAGGUUUUGGUUUUUCAAUUCGUGGUGGACAAGAAUUUGACUCGAUGCCAUUGUUUGUCUUACGAAUUGCGGAAGAUGGACCAGCAGCAUUAGAUGGUCGCUUAAAGGUUGGCGAUCAACUGAUGGAAAUUAAUGGACAGUCAACACGUGGUAUGACUCACACUAAUGCAAUCCAAAUUAUCAAACAAUAUCCGAAUGUUAGAUUAUUGGUCAGGAGACCGCAAGAUAAAAUUAAGGCAGAGAUAGCUUGUUUCCCUAUUGCAUAAUGAUCAGGUUUUAAGUUGAUAAGUUUAAAAUAAAUGUAAUAGGUUGUCUAUGGUGAUAAGUUCUUUGUUCCUGCUGUUAUUGUUUGAUUUGCUCUAUUCGUAUCAGUUUUUUUUCUUGGUAAUUAU